CCUCGUGGAUGCACCACGGAGUGCUCCGGUAAUUAAAAUAAAGGAAGAUGCGGAAAAGAGUGAGGCGUUUUGAGAUGGAGGACCCCGGAGCCAGUGUACCUGAGUGGAAUGGCAGCUGCAGUGAGCGGAUAUAGUCACUGUGAGAACCUUCAGCUGGAACAAUUUGGCGUUGUUGUGAAGCCGGUCGAGACUCCUGAGAGCUGCACAAACUCCUGGAGCUGUCCAAGUCACUGACCAGAGAAGCCAGUCAACAUGCCUCCAAAACAACUGAGUAGAAAACAACAAAGGAAAUUGUACACCUCACUGGCAGGGGAGCUGGUGAUCAUGGCCGGGACCGUCAUGCUGGCCUACUACUUCGAGUACACCGACACCUUCAGCGUGCACGUGCAGGGCUUUUUCUGCUACGACACCGCCUACACCAAACCCUACCUGGGACCAGAGGAGAGCAGCGCCGUCCCACCCAUCCUGCUGUACGCUGUAGUGGCUGGGCUGCCCACGCUGCUGAUCACAAUCACAGAGACUGUUCUGUUCCUGGUCCAGUACACAUCCAAAGAGUUUGACCGCUCAGAGAAGACAGUGGCCACUGGAGACUGCUGUUACCUCAACCCGCUGGUGCGCAGGACCUUUCGCUUCCUUGGCGUCUACACCUUUGGCCUCUUCACCGUUGACAUCUUUGUCAAUGCAGGCCAGGUAGUGACUGGGAACCUGGCACCCUACUUCCUGACGAUCUGUAAGCCAAACUACACAGCACUGGGCUGCCAGCAGGCCCUGCGCUAUAUCAGCCACCAGGAAGCCUGCACAGGAAACCAGGAUGACAUCAUGCGUGCCCGCAAGACCUUUCCAUCCAAGGAGGCGGCACUAAGUGUCUACGCUGCUCUGUACCUGGCUAUGUAUGUGACAUGCACGGUGCAAGCUAAGGGCACUCGUCUGGCCAAACCAGUGCUGUCCCUCGGGCUCGUGUGUAUGGCAUUUCUCACCGGUCUGAACCGUGUGGCUGAAUACCGCAACCACUGGUCGGACGUCAUCGCCGGCUUCAUCAUCGGAUCGGCCAUUGCAACAUUCCUGGUGGUGUGUGUGGUCCAUAACUUCAAAGGCAAGUUACUGCUGAGCGACGAUUCACCCAUGGAGCCGCAACCCACUAUAGGAAUGCUGAAUAUGGGCCGAAUGGAGAGUCCCCUGGAGAAGUAUAUCGCUUCACAG